UUUCUUGGUGCUAAAAAUUUAUCUUAUCUUUAUUCUUCGUCCCCCCUCUUGUCUCUCUACAGAGCAAAAGAAAUACAGAGAUCACAAGCAUGUCAAUAAUAUCUCCAAAUUCCCACAUUUUAUACCGAGAAGUCCACCACAAGGAGCUCCAUCACCAGCUCUGGAGCUUCGGGUCGGGUCCAAUAUGGGCCAAGCCAAACGGAUUCGGGUUCGAUCGGAGCAAAAUUUACGAGUGGCGAAAGAGAGGUAAUAGAGAUUUGAGGGCAUCUGCGUUUUGGCCCGAAUUAUCAAAGCCCUCAGCUUUGGAGAUGGAGUCCAUUCAAGAUUGUCAACACUUUGAUCAGAUUCUGGAUAAAGCUAAAGAGCUCUCACAACCCAUUCUUGUUGACUGGAUGGCUGCUUGGUGCAGAAAAUGCAUCUAUCUGAAGCCGAAAUUGGAAAAAUUGGCCACCGAGUAUGAUACAAAGCUGAAAUUUUACUGUGUGGAUGUCAACAACGUGCCUAAAGCGUUGGUAAAGCGUGGAAACAUCUCGGUACAUGAAUGUAUAUUAUUAAUGGAUUCUAUUGUUCUUCUUAUCAGUUAUUCUCUCAUUCUCAUUAGUGAGAUGUUGUUUCGCAUGCUUCGGCCACUGAUAAUUGGUUUUCAUCGUGUCUCUCUGAAGAAAAUGCCCACAAUUCAGAUAUGGAAAGAUGGGGAGAUGAAAGCAGAAGUGAUUGGAGGGCACAAGGCAUGGCUCGUUAUUGAUGAAGUCAGGGCUAUGAUCCAACAGUUUGUAUAAAUAGAUCAAACUCGUUUUGUGCUACUUUUUCCUUGUAUUGUGAAAAUAUGUAUGUGUAAAUACCUGCAAUGUUUAUAAAGAUUUUAUAUACGACGAGACACUUUAG